AUGAAGGUUUUUCUGUUAAUUUUUGCGUUUUCUUUCGCAUCGGAGUCCGUUAAAAGCUGCAAAGAUUUGGAAGUUUUGGAGGAAAAUGGCGGAGAAAUCGACGGAAAGGACAUUUUAAUGAUGAGACAAAAAUGCCGCGUGGACAAAAAAUACGAAGAAAGUCUGUCGAAGGGGAAGAUAAGACGAUUACUCAGCUCCGUGGUUACUUCUCUUCAAGAACUUCGAAAAGACUUCGUGCAUACAAGACGAGUAGAAUGUGGCCAUUGGGAACAAGUGAAGAAAAUUUCGGAGAUUUUGUUGAAACUCGACGACAAGUUGAUAGAAACGCUGCCAAAAAUGCAAGAUGAUCCGACAGACCAGAUCCUUGGCCUUGCGAAUCUGCUCAUACACAUGCACCAAACUCUUGAAGAGAAAAAUUGCGCCCUCUCUGGACAAGUCGACCUCAAAUUGGAAAAAGGAUAUUUGAAGAAACUUGUUCAAAAAUUGCAUGAAAGCCAAGGCGAAAAUGAAAACAUGAACGACCAUUUUCAGAUACGACGAAAGAAGAAUAAGCCAAAAUUCGGAGCCUUCAAGCAAUUUCUUCUUGUUGUAUUUUUGAUUAUUUGCGCGAUCAUUGGGUUUUUCGCUUAUAAAUGCAACAAGUAA